GCGCGCUCGAUAACUCGGCGAUGCUCCAGUACUCGCCGACAACGCGGGACCCUAACACCGGCAACGUCAACGACGAUGGAGUGAUCGAGGAAAAAAAAUACGAUGCACGUGCAUCAGAACGUGCAAUGAGCGAAAAGCAAGGUACACCUAUUUUAUCACCCCUUAAUCGGGGUGCGGCUAAUAAUGGCGAGAAUAACGGCGGUACAGCUCAACAGACUGUCAGUCUGCAGCAGGUUCUCGCUUCAGCUCAAGGCCUCAAUGUACUCGCUACCAGUAGCGGGCAACAAUUUGUCAUUACAACUCAAGUUCCUGGUCUCACACAGGUUAUACCAAACAAUGCCACAACUAACGCGGGCGGAGCGCAACAAGUCGGUGUCACGAGGAUCGUCAAUAUUGCAAGUACUCCAUCGCGCAAUGCAACAGGAGUGGUAGCCGGUGGUGUCGGCAUUACGGGUGCGUCAUCACACCCGUCGCCCGGGUCGCGGCCACAGAACCCCACUAAGGUCGUGUUGGCGACGUCGCCGAAGCUCGUGCGCACCUCGAUGGGUAACAUGUUUGUGGCACCAAUGUCGUCAUCGUCGUCAUCGUCAUCGUCGUCGUCGCCGUCGCCGUCAUCGUCACAGCCACAAGUGCAAUCAUCACCAGCGAGGAAGCGGCUGAAGCUGUCGGAAGCGUCGGAGAAGCCGGCCGUGGUCGACGCCGGCGGUUACCGUAGGCGCAUAAUGGAGCACAAAAUGCGGCGGAUGCGUGCAGUGCGGGAGAAAUACGCCGAGAAUGCAUCGGAACUGUAUUUCCUGCACGCUGGUGGUAACAUGGUGGAUUAUCACAACUGGCGGAAGCGGCCGCCGACGCCGCAGUACAUACACUUCCUGCGCCAGCACCGACUCGAUCCGGACGACGACGACGAAGACCUGACGAUGUCAUUGGUGACGAUGAUCGAGCUCUCGCAUCUGUCGGCCGUUACUACCGCCACUACCACUACCACUACCACCACUAGCGUCACUACGGCAGUCACCAGCACCACCGUAGCUGCUCUCUCUACCACUAUCUCCACCGCUGCGUCCGCGUCCAGUUCCACGGUUCAGAUUCCAAGCCAAAGUGCGGAGGUGAAAAUCUCUGGCGUGGGCGUCACACCGGUGGCGGUGUCGACUACCUUGCCCGCCGCGGUAGCUCAGCUUAAUCAGCAAGGACAAGUACCAGGUAGGCCUCAAGGUGGCCGCCAUGGCAUGGUGUUUGCCUUUCGAGCGGCAAUCCAGUCUUCAUCAGUCACCGUUCACCCUUCAUCCGCUUCUACUCUAGCACCCACGCUCAUUAUAGGUGGAACACCACUGGUUACGGAUUCAUCGAAACCAGCAAGCACAGUUACCACCACUGUGAGCCCCGUGGUGGACAAACCAUCGUCAUCGGUCGCCACUGUCGCUACCCCGAAAACACACAUAAGAACUACCACACUCAAUAGCCCACAACCUGUCGUUAAGCUCAUUAAGUUGUCCACACCUACUACAGUAGUUUCUUCCUGUGAUAUCGCGAAUAAUCAGGAGCAAAUUGUGGAAAAGGCAAAACAGGAGGCGUACGUGAUGCAAAGGAUCGCCGAGUUGCAACGUGAGGGAUUAUGGUCGGAACGACGAUUGCCCAAAGUGCAGGAACCGACUCGAACCAAAGCCCAUUGGGAUUAUCUAUUGGAGGAGAUGGUCUGGUUGGCCGCCGACUUCGCCCAGGAACGUAAAUGGAAGAAGGCGGCGGCAAAGAAGUGUGCGCGCAUGGUGCAAAAGUAUUUCCAGGAAAAGGCAAUUCAGGCGCAGAAGGCGGAGAAGUCGCAGGAGCUGCGAUUAAAGAAAAUAGCCAGCUUCGUUGCCAAGGAGAUCAAAACAUUUUGGACGAACGUCGAGAAGUUAGUAGAGUACAAACAGCAAACGAGAUUGGAGGAAAAACGGAAAAAGGCACUAGAUCAGCAUUUGAAUUUUAUCGUGGGACAAACGGAAAAAUAUUCCACAUGGCUCACGGAAGGUCUCAAUAAGACUGACGGCCCACAGAGCAUCCCAGCUUCCAUAAAUAGCUCGCGUAUUUCUUCACCUGUUCCACCAGGAAAAUACCAUUCCGACGAGGAAUUCCAGCCAAAUCAGAGUUCAGAUGACGACGAGGAGACCAUAGCUAAGGCCGAGGAGGAAAUGAAAUUAACAAUUAACCAUAAAGAAGAAAUAGAACUAUUAAAGAAAGAAUCGGAAAUACCUUUGGAGGAUCUCUUGAAGGAACUACCGCCGAAUUAUUUGGAGGACCGCAAUAGGAGCCUAUCGCCGCAGAACGUGAACGAAAGGGAGCAAAAUGAAAGUGAAGAAACAGCCGACGCUGACGUAGACUUUGUCGCGGCAUCUGGUGAAUCUUCGGACGAAGAAGAUACUAUUAUGGAAGAGGAGAGACUUGAGGGAGAAAUCGAUCAUAAACGGGAGCUUGAUGAACUCAAGGCUGAUAAUGAAAUGUCCAUCGACGAACUUACCGCCAAAUACGCCAAUAUGUCCGACAUGUUAAUAGAUAUAGACGCCGAGGGUGAAGGCACCGAUAAGGAGAGCAGCGACAAGGAAGCAAUGCAGGAAACUGAGGACCAAAUAAGCACUAGUGAAAGCGAAAGCGAAGAGAGUGAUGACGGAAAUGACGAGAAAGAGUCUCAAACGCAAAGCGAUAUCGAGGCAGAUGUAGGACUUCAAUCUCUUCUCGAAGACCCGGAAAAACAAUCGGACAGCAGGAUCUCGGAAGUUGAUCAUUCGGACGCUCAUAACGAGAUGGAUAACGUCGCCGCGUUAGCCGAGAGUAUCCAGCCUAAGGGAAAUACAUUGCUCACCACUAGUGUCGUUACUAAGAUACCCUUCCUACUGAAACACUCCCUUCGCGAGUAUCAACACAUAGGACUGGACUGGCUCGUUACCAUGUAUGAAAGAAAAUUGAAUGGCAUUUUGGCAGACGAGAUGGGUCUCGGUAAAACCAUACAAACUAUCGCAUUAUUGGCACAUUUAGCUUGCGAAAAGGGCAACUGGGGUCCGCACCUCAUAAUUGUGCCAACCUCCGUAAUGCUUAACUGGGAAAUGGAAUGCAAAAAAUGGUGUCCCGGAUUCAAGAUACUCACGUACUACGGUACGCAAAAGGAGAGAAAACAAAAAAGAACAGGUUGGACAAAGCCAAACGCUUUCCAUAUAUGCAUUACAUCCUACAAAUUGGUAAUACAAGAUCACCAAAGUUUUCGGCGGAAAAAGUGGAAGUAUCUUAUCUUGGACGAAGCGCAAAAUAUUAAGAACUUCAAAUCGCAGAGAUGGCAGCUGCUCCUAAAUUUCCAAACACAACGGAGGCUACUACUUACUGGAACACCGCUUCAAAAUAAUUUGAUGGAGUUAUGGUCGCUUAUGCACUUUCUCAUGCCUAAUGUAUUUCAAUCUCAUCGCGAAUUCAAAGAAUGGUUCAGCAAUCCUGUAACGGGAAUGAUCGAGGGGAAUAGCGAGUACAAUGAGAACAUUAUUCGUCGUCUACACAAGGUGUUGCGGCCAUUUCUCUUAAGACGGUUAAAAACUGAGGUGGAAAAGCAAUUACCGAAAAAAUACGAGCACGUGCUCAUGUGUCGUUUGUCAAAACGUCAAAGGUUUUUGUACGAUGACUUCAUGUCGAGAGCAAAGACGAAAGAAACGCUUGCCAGCGGAAAUCUAAUGAGCGUGAUCAAUGUCUUAAUGCAGCUGAGAAAGGUAUGCAAUCAUCCAAACCUAUUCGAAGUCCGACCCACCGUCUCGCCGUUCCAAAUGGAGGCACUCGAGUUCGUGACCGCCUCGUUGGUGUGGAGUGCGCUUGAUUACGAUCCUUUCAAGCACGUCCAACUGUCUAGCCUGAACCUUUUGCUGCUACAUCUUGAGUUGACACACAGCGCGUUUGUCGCGCACAGAGUACGACGAUUGCGAACACCGAGAAAGUUGAUAGAGGAAAUUGACGUUCAGCCGGAACAGGCGCCGCGGUGUCCGCCCGGCCGAAUUAAAAUUAACGUCAGAUUGUCGAAUCAAGUGAAGCCGCAGUCGUCGAACGUGCAGCAACAGCCGCAGCAGCAACAACAAACGCAGACCAGGCUUAAGAAUCUGGCCGGCGUAUUACCCACGCCAAGAGUGGGUACGUCCCCAUUGAUAAAGUCAUUAAAUACCAGUCAGGCUGGUCCGGGACAAGGUGUUACAUUGAGAGUGGCAGGUGGACAACAAUUGCAAGGAUACUCUUUGCAGCUGGUACCACAUCAGGGUAGUGUGAAAGCUAUUCCUAUGGCAACGUUGGGGCACAAUCCACAAAGUACCACGGUAACGCCGACCACGGCAGUGACGAACGCGCAAAAGAUCACAGUGGGUAAUGCCAGCAUCAGAGAUGGUAUCCAACGACUGACAACACAAACCCUUGCGGUCAAGCAAGGCGAUUCCCUCCAAAGGAUAGCAGUACCUAGUUUUGCACAGCUGGUGCAAACCUCCACUGGCAGACAUAUCAUUCUGACGUCGAAUCAGCAGAACACUAACACAGUCAUGACGCCAAGCGGGCCGCGUCUUACGGUACUGUCAAAGUCGUUGAUGGGUCUCUCCACCUCGGCAGCGACGACGGUGAACAAGGUCGUCAGCGGAGUGGUGACUACGCCAAGCGGUCGGCCUGUCAUGAGAGUACCUCCCCUGAAUGUCAGCGCCUCGCAAACACAGUCACCGUCGAGUGGAAACGGUAGUCAACAGGCCAGUCAGCAGCAAUCACAAUCGAUACGCGGUAUCGUCACGAGGCAGGCUAGUAAAGAAGCUAGCAAGAGACAAAGCAAGGAACCGCCCAAAUCCGAGUUUCACUUGCCGCAGCUGGAGGAGGAGAGACGGCAAAGGAGACAAGACAAACUACAUCUCAUGGCGAAUAUCAAUGAGCGAAGAUGUGCAGCAUGCCCGCUUUAUGGAGAAGAUGUGUUUACGGCGUUAAGAAUUGGCAAGCCCGCGACAGCGUGUCGUUGGCAUGAUGGUUGGGUCCAUUGCGCGACGGCCAGGGAGAGUGCUCGCAGUCGGAAGGAAUUUUUCUCUCGUACAGAAGCGCUUGCGGAAGCCAUCAAAAGCACAGAGCAAAUCGUCGAAGAAUUGAAGGAAGUUUUCGAAAGAUUUGUGGUCCAUGUGCCCGCCGUGCGUGCUCCGAUGCCUCGAUUCCACGUAUCCCAUCCGCCACCACACAGAUUAGAGGCGGAACGUCGCUUGCGAACGGAACUGCAACGGCAGUUGUCGCCAAAAGUGGCUUCGCUUCAUUCAAUCUCAAGUCUCAUGCUCACGCAGUUUCCUGAUCCCAGACUUAUUCAGUAUGACUGCGGCAAGCUGCAAUCACUAGAUCAUCUGCUGCGGAAACUCAAGUCCGAGAAUCAUCGGGUUCUUAUAUUUACGCAGAUGACUAGAAUGCUAGAUGUAUUGGAGGCCUUUCUCAAUUUCCACGGGCACAUAUACCUACGAUUGGAUGGCACCACUAGAGUAGAUCAACGUCAGGUUUUAAUGGAAAGAUUCAACGCCGACAAGAGAAUAUUUUGUUUUAUUCUGUCGACGAGAUCUGGCGGUGUUGGUGUGAAUCUGACAGGAGCCGAUACGGUAAUAUUUUACGACAGUGAUUGGAAUCCUACCAUGGAUGCCCAAGCGCAAGAUAGAUGCCACAGAAUAGGACAGACGCGAGACGUGCAUAUCUACAGAUUAGUUAGUGAGAAGACUGUGGAAGAGAACAUUCUGAAGAAAGCAAAUCAGAAGCGAUUGCUGGGAGAUCUUGCUAUUGAAGGCGGCAACUUCACCACGGCGUACUUCAAAAGUUCCACGAUUCAAGAUCUGUUCAAUAUCGAUCAAACGGAAAAUGACGCCUCUAUGCGAAUGGCUGAAGUCCUGGAACAGACUCGCGACCGAGAAAGAGCCUGGCAGAAAGAUACAGGGUCGUUUCAGAGUCAGAGUACUCUUUCAACUCAGCACACGGAGGAGAAGGCAGCGAUGGGUGCGCUCGAAAGUGCCCUCGCUGCCGCAGAGGAGGAUCUUGAUGUUCAAGCAGCGAAAACUGCAAAAGCGGAGGCUGUCGCUGAUCUCGCUGAAUUUGACGAGGAUAUUCCGCUGGAAGACGCUGACAAAGACGAUGUACAAGUCAGCAAGGCGGAACAGGAAGUUCAGAAUCUGGUUGCUCAGCUGACGCCGAUCGAGCGGUAUGCUAUGAAGUUCGUUGAGGAAUCCGAGGGCGCAUUUUCAGCAGCGCAAUUAGCCGCAGCUGAACGGGAACUCGAGGAACAAAAGAAGGAGUGGGAACUGGACCGGCUGCGGGCGUUGCACGAGGAGGAGGAGCGGCGUAUGCGACUGGCCGACGACGACGAGAAGCCACUCACCUUUGGCCGCGAGGAUGCGCAAAAUCAGGUUAAUAGUACUACCGCCAAGGGCGGUGCCAAGCGUUUAGUUAGUAAGAGGCUAGUGGUGCCGAAUAGGAGAAACCUGCGUAGACGCGGUCGACGCGGUAGAAGGCGAGCGACCGCGCGCGAAUGGUCGGAAAGUGAGAGCGAGAGUACCAGUACUGAAUCAGAUUCCGAGCCUGAGUCUCAGGAGGAGGAUGUGGUCGAGGAUAGUCUCGACGAGGAGUCGAGUCAUACUGAAAGUCAAAGUCAGGGCGACGAGGGCGAGGAAGAGGAGGGUGAGGGCGGCGAGGAGAGUAGUAGGGAAAAGGGGGAUGGUGACGAGGAGGAGGAGGAGGAGGAGAAGGCUGACGAGGGUAGUCGCGAUCACGGUAGAACGAAUAAUUCGACAAGCGACGAUUCGAAGCGAGGAGGGGGUUUUACGAGACGCAAGGGUCGUCUGGCAGGAUUCGGAUCUUGCAGCCGGAACCAUUUUGAUUUGAACAGCCCACGCACAAGAUCACGAGGCAACGUACAGAUCAAUCUAUGGACUUUGGAUGUAAGCCCGAUACUGCCCGGCGUAAAGCCGAAUUUUCGCCGGCAACGUAAGAAGUUUCACCGCGCCAAGUUCGAGGAAACCCUCUCCUCAUCGUCGUCGGUUGACGCGUGUCCCAAGCGAAGCGUGCGUGUUAACGAGAACACCAAAGAGUCGUCAGCUGGUAUGUCUGAUCGGAAUGUGAAGUCUGAGGUGAUCGAUAUGACAGAGAUCGACCGAGACUCAAAAUCGUGCUCGCUCGAUCUGAACGGCGUGGAACAACGAGUCACUGAUCCUAGCGUGGAGCGACUUGUGGAUGAUGACGCAGAUUCGACGGCGACAGCUGAUAAAAUACAAUCGGAUCAAAUGGCAGUCUGGGAAGUAGGCGCGAACAACGCAGAGGAAGACAAAGACAAAAUUAAAGAUGAGAAAGAGAAAACUAAUGAAAAAAUCACUAACUUGAUUACAGUUUGUUCCGUUCAGGUGACGCGAUGUUCACAAAAGGCACUGUCCGCGAAUUACAAAAAGCUCGACUCUGAAAUGAACCGCAAUGAAGACGCGGAAAACCUUGACGUGAACAUCAGCGCGCGGAAUUCGCGAUCUUCCCCGAGUGCGGCGCAGUCGGACACGCUCCUAAAACGUUCGAAAGAAGUGACGACCAAAUCGAAGUCUGAAUUCGGUGUGUCGGUCAACUCCUUGUAUAACAACGCGCGAGCAAAAUCAAUUGCCACGGCGUCGAAAGAAUCGGAAAAGAACGCCGAGUCAGCCUCGGGUCGUUCAGUUCCGCUUUUACGGUCGAAAAGGUUACGGAGCGAGAGUCCAGAGAGUCACGCGAGCGACGAAAUCACGAAGUCGGUUGCAAUGUCUCGCGUUAUUUCCGUUGGGCAGAAAAGUUCUAAAACAAAUGUAAACGAUGACGAUGCUCACGAUAACGUCGAAGACGGUAGUUGCGACAAGAACGACGAAGAUCCGGCUGAACCGGUAAUUUCCGUCGCGACACGAAAAUAUGCUAGUCAAAAAUUUAACUCAAAGAACGAAACGCGCGAGUGUUCAGAUUCGGAGAUCUCUUCGGGAAGGAGACCGGGUGAUUCGAUAGCGAAAGCAUCGGAUUCUUCAGCGUCCACAGUAAAAAACGAAGGCAACUUAAACGAGGCCAAGUGCAAGAUGCGAAAAUUGGACGUUGCGAUUCCGCGAGGCGUGACGACUCGCAGCUCGAGGACUCCUUCGAUCGUGAACAACCAUUCCGAGGAAAGUAAUGCGCGAUUGACAGACGACAAGAUCGAUUCGGUAUCUUUAGAAACGAAGAAUAGUUCGCAAACGAAAACGAGCACGCGAAAGGUUGAUAAUUCGCAACAUUCGAUCGCCGAACAGAGCAGGGUAACACGAUCUGGUCGUCCAUUGACGCCUUCGUGUCCAGCUGAUAGCGACGAGACGGCGCAUCCGCCAAGACCGAGACAGCGACCUGACACUCCGCUUCCGCGACCGGUCACGAGAUCCGCGACAACCAUAAGCUCUCCCACGAGAAUCGAUGGGAUGUCGUCCAGAAACGAGAAAUACACGACACGAAACUCGAAGCAAUAUCAAGACAAUGGCCUGUUCAGUCCUCCGGUGCUGUUCAGGCGUAGCAGAUCGAUACCGCUGAUGAAGCCGGACGCUAAGGAAACGGUUUUGGUCUCGACGAAACGCCGUCCAGACACGCCGCGACCUAACGUUCCGUCUAACAACAAUGAAAUGGUGUCCAGGGUGACGCGUUCGGGGUUGAACUUGAAUUCUUCCGCUUCCGCGGCGGUCAAGUCGGCAUCGCUGUCGUCUUGUCCCACAUCCACGAUCAAGACCAGCGUCAGACAGUCGCGAGUUUCACCGACUAGCAGCGAAAACGAAAAUAACGCGACCGCGUCUUACGAGAAACCUCAGAGAACGGCUAAGGUUGUAGCGAUCCUCACUUUAGACACGAGGAACAAUCACAACAGCAGCAGCAAGACUUUCUCAUCUGUCCAGUCAAAAUCAGCGACGAAUUGUGAAGCAAAGAUCCAGGACAAGGAAGGGUCCUUGGUGACCCAGUUGCCGGACUCGUUGAAGAGCCAAGAGACUGAUCAGGAAGAGUGUAACUCGUCAGACUUUAAAUCCAGACGGUUGCGUAGGGACACAAAGCGCAGCAGAGUGUCGUGUCCGCUGGAUAAUGAGAACGACGUCGACGACGAUCACGAUGAUGAGGUACUACUCAAGAGGUACCGUUCCUCGCAGCUUCCCUCCUCACCUCCCGCUGCCGUAAUCACCGCGACGACGCGCUCCGAGAAGCUGAGGAAUGCAUCAAUUUGGUUAUCGGAACACACGAUGGAGCAAAUGCCGAUGUGGUGUCCACCAACGCCUCCCACAACGGAUAACGAUGUAUAUAUCGAUUACACUCUGGGAUUUCUCUAUGAGAACAGUCCCAUGACAGAGGCUCAAUUACCGCCGAUCUACAUAAAGAAGGAACGAGCCAGAAGCAGGAUUGAUGCCGGUAUAACUGAUGAUGGUUGUCGACCAGCCAAAAUGAUGCGACAUGUGAAGGAAGAAUCGGUGUACGCCCCAAGAUCGCUUUUCGAUCGGCCGUCACCGGCAUUGAUGAAGAUGCGCCGCGACAUGAAGGUGCACAAGUAUCGCGCGAUAAUGCGCCCUCCAAUGUCGGCGGGAUUAAAGAGCUCCUCCUCACAUAUCACAAAAACUUCUCCUGAACCGGAUCACGCGAUAGAUUGGUUGAGUUACGAGGACUGGUGCUUACUGCAUUCUAUCCAGAACUACCAGAGCCUACCGCUGAACGCAACGACCAUCUCACCCGGACACACGCCCAAUUGGGACAUGGUAGCUGACUGCGUGAACAACGGUGCGCGAUCACACCGAGCGCCCAAACAUUGCAGAGGUAGAUACGAGACCGUGAUAAUACCCAGAGAAGAGGGCAAGCAUCUGUACGACACUACACCAAAGAAGCAGAAGAAACAAAAGACAAGCGUCUACAAAACGCCACAAGUCGCCGAGCAACAGAGCAAAAACAACAGGUCGAUGAGAACGUCACAAUUGCAUAAUCAAGACAAGAACAACUCGUUCACGUUGACAGCCUGUCAGAAGUACGAAACGAUCAAGGUCAUGUCCAAUAAACGAACGCCCACGGUGAAACCGUUGCUCGCGAAUUCAAUGAUGAAGAACCCUAACGCGGCUCUCAUAGCUGAGUGUGGUGUACAGCUUGACAAUCCACUGGCGCCAAUAGAUGUUGCCGUAUUACGCGCAGAAAGGAUCGCUAAGGAGAAGAUGAAACAUGCAGUUUUAACUGCUGAACAGCAGGUCACAGCACGACUCUUGCAACAGCAGCAGGCUGCCCAGCAGCAGCAACAGUUAAAGUUACAGCAGCAACAGACCCAGCAACAGCAGAGUGGGCAGCAGGUGGUUGCAAAUUCCGUUGGAUCUCAAAUCCACCAAUUGACUCAAGUAAUUCCUGCCGCCACCACUGCUGGCUCUGUGACCAGUGCGAAAGUAGCAAGCAGCGUUGCGAGCUUGAGCAACGUAGCGACCACUACCGUGGUGACUACCGGGGUGAAAACUCGGCCUGGGGGACAGGUGGCAAUGCAGGACACGAGAACGACAUCAACCAAUGUAGUGAGCGUGGCGAACUUGCAGGCCGUUCAACGCAUUGCUACUGCCAGCUUGGUGUCCGCGGGACAAGCGUCCGUUAGCGCGACCGGUGGCCAGAAGAGUGGUCUAGUUGGUGUCACAGUGGCCACAGCUGCAUCCGGUAACAAGACCCCGACAGCGGCGCAGCUGCAGUACUACAGGCACCAACAAGUGCUGUUGCGACAGCAACAACUGAAAGGCAUACUACAGGCACAAGCUGCCAGUGGUCAAAAGGUGUCCGUAGCGGUGUCGGCCACGGCGGCGCAGCAACAACGAGCAGCGGCAGCGGCCACUUUAAUGAAGCAGGGUAUUGCUACAGCAGGCACUGCGGGUACAGUAGCGGCACAAACUGCUGCAGGAGUGAAGCAAACCGUGACUAGAACGGUGUCCGAUACAGAGAUGGCUGCGUUGAUCAAGCGACAAGCGUUGCAGCAACAGGCAAAAGCGGCCGCCGCCGCAGCCGCGGUUGCCCAAGUUCAAGUACCUGCUCAAACAGGCCUCACGCCAGCGCAGAUUUUCGCUCAAGCCGGCCUACAAGUGCAGCAAGCUGGAACUUCCGCGAGCGGCACUCCUGUGGCAACUCUCGUGAAGACAGCAAAUGUAGCGGGUGUUCGCACUGCGACGCCUCAGCAGAUUCGGCAGCUUGCGCUCCAUCCGCAGAUCAUCGCCCAGAGAAAGUUGCCGGCGCAGAAGGUAGCACAACUAGCUCAAGUCGCGGGUAAAGCUGGUGUACAAACACAGCUGAUUGUACAACAGAAAUCGUUACCCGCAACUAUGACGGUACAGCAGAUCCAGCAAGUGAUGAAGCAUGUGCAGCCCUCAGCAAUGCAACAAUUCACUCAUGUUUCUACGGGGCAGACAGUGUCGCAAUCUGGACAAGUAGUGUUGGCUAAAUCACCACUGCAGACACGUGUGAUCCCGGUUGCAUCUGGAGCUCUGAAACAAACUAUUCAAGUAGUGACUGCUAGUAACGCCCAGCUGCGGCAAGCAACACCUAUACAGGGAAAACCUGUUGCCAGUGCGGUCCGCCGAAGUCCCGGUCCCAGUCCAGGCCCAAGUCCUGGAUCCACCACUUCAAGUUCCACUGCUAGCGCAGGUGCUAGUCCUAGCGUAGGUGUCACUGCCGCAUCUGCCUCGAAUUUAGCAUCUCAACCUGGCAUUAAUCAAGUGAGAUUACAAACAAUAGCGCAGCAGGUGCAACAACAGCAGCAGGCCCAACAAGACACUCAACCGAAAUAGCUCUAUAUUACGAUCAAACGAGAUCGCAGAAAUUGAAUUGGGAAAUUCGAAGAAAUAUUAUUAUAAUAAUUUCAUUAAUAACAAGUUUUAUGCCAAGCUUUCGUAACUUUACAUAACAUGUCUUUAUACAUAGCUUUAAAGAUUUUUUUAGUUUUUUUUUUAGUUUUUUUAUUUUGAAUAUCUCGUUUAGAUGUAUAGAAAAUGAUUAAUAGCUAUAAACGGUAUUAUGACUCGUAGCACGAUGUAUUAGCAGACGGGAAACAUCAAUUCGCUAAAAAUAAAAUUUUAAUUUGAGCAUUCGUUGAAGGAAAAGAUGCUUAAAAAAUGAUAGUCUGGUAAAAAUAAAAGUAAUCAAGAAAUAAGUAUUACUUUAAAUAUCUUUGAUUGUAUUUUUAACACAAAGAACAUUUUUCAGCAGAAAUAAAAAUAGUUUAAAACAUUUCAAAUAUUAAAUAUUCUAGAUUAAUUCUCGACGAAGUAAAACAGGAUCUAUUCUGGAUAUAACACAGAAAUAUAUGUUGUAUUGCAGAAAAUAGUUAUUAGUGUAUAGAUAUGUAAAUUUCAGAGUUUCCCAAUUUAAUUAAACAUUAAAUACAUGUAUAACCUUAGUUAGCGAGAAUAAAAAUUGGCAUAAUACUAAGGAGUGUAAUACAUUAAAGAUAUAAAGCAUUCCAAGGUACGCUGCAAGUGGCAUUUUGAUGCUAUAAUCUGCGUCUCAUAAGAAACGGGAUUUAAUUAUGGGAAAAGGAGAAUGUAAAGCGACGGGUAUUAAUGUGUACCGAAAAAUGUUACUGCUUUUAUAGCCGUUUAUUGCGAAGAACAAUUCUUCAUUUCGUACCUGUAUAUAAAAAGUUAAAAUCACACUAAAUCAUUCUGAUUUUAUCACAAUCGUAUUUUUCAAUCUACUAAAGAAGAAUCCUUUCUCAUUUUCCGUUCGUUGACGUAUGUUCUAUAAUAAGUUAAAAAAGUAAAAGGUGUUCUAUAAUAAGUUUUCAAAUUGGAUAAACUCUCACUCCACGCACUAAAUAUCAGCAUUUAUGACGUGAAAUUUUCUCAAACGUGUCUUUUUCUCAUAAUAAACCAUAAAUCAUCAUUAUGAUUUAUGUUUGUGUGUGUGUGUGUGCAUGUGUGUGUACGCGCGCGCGUGUAUACAUAUAUGUAUUCAUAUACUAUAUAGUGUCCCUUUUUAGGCUGGGCGCAUCAUCUGUUGAUAGCAUGCUCCAGACAUUAUUUGGAAAUAAUUCUAAUACUAAAUAAAGGGUUAUCGAAUGGCACUUUCAUAGUAAUUUAUUAAAAUUAGUAUUUUAAUAAAUUUUGAAAUACCUCUAAAAUUAUUUUUAUUGCUGUGUGAUAUAACAUUUAAAUACAUAAAUACAUAAACUUUAGAUGAUCUAGUUAGACCAACUUUAAACUGUUAUAGUUUCGACAUUUUAGCAUUAGGAUGUUUUCACAUCAACUAAUCUUGAACAAUAUAUUAUGUAUUAUUAACAAAUGAUACGUACGGUCUGGGACACCCAGUUACGUAUUAUAUAUUGCAUACAUAUAUUUUUUUGCGAUAGAUUUUUCCAACAGAGAAAGAAAAUGGAAACAAAUCGAUCCAGAGAAACAUUCAUUGGCGAAAGUAAAAGAAUUAAUGAAGCAUUAAGAAACGAUAUUCAACAGACGUUUAACACACGUUUGGAGGAUAAUUGUAACAAUUAUAAAUUAUUGAUCUUCUGCCUCUCUCUCCCUCCCUUUCACACACGUACACACAUACACCUAAAAUCAUAAAAAAAGAGUAUAUUAGAUUUAGAUGUUUUUAUGCUGUAUUUACAUCAUUAUUUUCCGAUAUUAUCUCUUUCGGAACGCUCUAUAUGUAUGUCUGUAUGAUAGUAUGUAUAUACGUAUGUAUAUAAUUUGUGUAUCAUAAAUGCUGAAAUAAAGUCUUAUGAUAAACAUCA